CACUCCCUACGUAAACCUACAGUGCGGAAGUAAAUGUGUCCCAUGCGGGCGUUGUUGUCGUUUGUAACGUGUGCGAAACGCUUCGGGAGUGUUUAUGGAAUGUAACACCAUUCAUAAUAUCGUUUAAGAGUGAGGAUGGACAGUUACACUGUACUGAGGGUGAUCGGAGAGGGCUCCUUCGGACGCGCACUGCUAGCACACCCCAAAGAUGAUAGCGGCCAUUACGUGAUCAAAGAGAUCCGUCUACCCAAGACACAGUCUGGGCAGGAUGGCUCCAGGACAGAAGCCGUACUUCUCUCCAGAAUGAAGCACGCAAACAUCGUCGCCUUCAGAGAGGCGUUUGAAGCUGAGGGACAUCUGUACAUCGUGAUGGAGUACUGCACUGGGGGAGACCUGCUGCAGAGGAUCAAACAGCAGAGGAACACUCAGUUCUCUGUGGAUGUGAUCCUCAGGUGGUUUGCUCAGAUGUGUUUGGGUGCGAAACACGUCCACGACAAGCGCGUGCUACACAGGGACCUGAAGUCCAAGAAUAUCUUCCUCACAGAUAAUGGGACUGUCAAACUGGGGGACUUUGGUUCGGCUUGUGUUCUGAACAGCUCCAAGGCUUAUGCGUAUUCCUAUGUGGGAACCCCUUACUACGUUUCCCCAGAGAUAUGGGAUGGCAAACCCUACAAUAAUAAGAGUGAUGUGUGGUCCCUUGGCUGCGUCCUGUAUGAACUCUGCACCCUGCGUCAUCCGUUCCAAGCACGGAGUUGGAAGAGUCUGAUUUUGAAGGUGUGUCGGGGUGCCUACCCCCCUUUACCCAGUCGCCUGCCCUACGAGCUGCACUACCUGCUCAAGCAGAUGUUCAGGACCAACCCGCGAGACCGGCCCUCUCUCAACACCAUCCUCACCUCGCACCGCAUCGCCAAGCUGCUGCAAAAACACCUGCCUGCCCAGCAACUACAGGAAGAAGCUCCAAGCAGAUGGAAGAAGGAGGAAGGGGAGAAGGUAGCCAUGUUCCUGGGACAGAAGAGUCUCAUCCAGACAAUGUCUUCACUUGGAGAGCCCUUUGCAGGAUCUACACAGGAAGCACAGGAGCGUCCACGCAGGAAUUGGGCGGUAGGCCCACCCAACACACUGAUGCAGUUCCUGGGGAAUGCUGACCUCAUUUCCUCCUCCAGCAUGGCCCUUGAGAGCGGGUUCGAGUCCAGCUCAGGGGGCAGUAUUGCGGAGACAGAGAGGGCCUCCCCCCGCAGGCAGUGGGACAGAGGAACUCCUGAAAGACUCCUGAGUCUGCUGGACAAGGCCUGUCAGAGCCUGGCCUCCAGAACAUACACUGUGCACAAGGAGGGUGCUGAGCACCCCCUGAUGGGCCCCCUGUCCCAGAAGGGGGCUGACAGCCCGGAUGGAGCCGAGGAGGAGGAGGAUGAGGAAGAAGAGUCCCGUCUGGAGCCUCGCUCCGAUGAUGAAGACACGGAUUUUGAAGAGGACUGCCCUUGUGACUUGGUGGAGGAGCUGGAGAAAAUGGUCAUGGAGCCCUGAUCUCCAUCAUUCUACAUUUCUGCAGAACAGAGACUAUUCCCUGAUCUCCAUCACUCUACAUUUCUGCAGAACAGAGACUAUUCCCUGAUCUCCAUCACUCUACAUUUCUGCAGAACAGAGACUAUUCCCUGAUCUCCAUCACUCUUCAUUUCUGCAGAACAGAAACGAUUCCCUGAUCUGCAUCACUACAUUUCUGCAGAACAGAGACUAUUCCCUGAUCUCCAUCACUCUACAUUUCUGCAGAAUAGAGACUAUUCCCUGAUCUCCAUCACUCUACAUUUCUGCAGCACAGAGACUAUUCCCUUAUGUCACAUCACUCUACAAUUCUGCAGAACAGAGACUAUUCCCUUAUGUCACAUCACUCUACAAUUCUGCAGCACAGAGACUGUUCCCUCAUUUCACCUGCAUCUACGGUGCUGAAAAGUCAUGGCCGUAAUGUCCUAAUCACUUGCUUUAAAUUAUGUCUUAACUUUUUUUUAUUAUUAACUGGAAACCCAGUGUUAUAAUUACGUUUUUCAUGUGCAUUUUGCAAAAAUUGUUUAUUUAUUUCUACUUGCAGAAUAGAUGGGAGCAGUGUACACCAUGUGUAUUUUACCUGAUAUUGAAAUUACUUGUACCUUUUCUAUGACUAAACUUUUUAAUACAUAA